GAGUGAGGAAGUCAGCGCGGAUUGGAAGAGCGUCGUUGGCAACCUGCGGGGCCGCGUGACCAAGGGCGGGGUGUCCAGGAAGGUGGAAUCUGGGCAUGGAGCUCGGAAACCCGUUGCCUACCUCGCCGGCAGCACCGGAGCGGGCUACGACUUCGGAAGGAUCAUGAAAAGAGACUACAGUAUCUGCUCCAUCAGCCGGUAUACAGGGAGGAACAAGAGGCGAAUCCUGCAGGCCGGGCAUCCUAACUUCCUUCAUGGCCACUGGGCACACCGCGCAGGGGUCGCUCACUACGGGACCUGGGUCACUAGCCACGAAGGGCCUGCAUCCGAGGACUGGAUCGCGCUCUGCGGGAACCGUGCAGGCCUCGUCUUUCGGGGUCGGGAGAAGAUCUCCAAUGGCCGGCAACCAGGGGCAGCGUCAGACUUCCACCUCUACAUCAACGAAGGCCGCCACGAGUUUUCCGACUUUGGCGUCAUGGAGGUUAUCGUCUGGGAUCGGCUGCUCACAGAAGACGAGAUGUUGACCACCAUGGAGUACCUAAAUUGGAAGCUUGAACAUGGCUCGCAGUGA